AUGGAACAACAAUUAGAAAAAGCUUUAAAAGAAAUCAAUUCGCAACCUGAUACUGUGGGAUGUCUGAUAACAAAUCGUCAGGGUCUUUGUCUGGGAGCCGCCGGUAAAAUAAAUCCCAAAAUGUCGGGCAUUGGUAUGGCCCUGUCGGAGCAGGCAUGUAAAUUGGAACCAAAUCUAAAUCCACCCACUAUUGUCUUAUACAGUGGGAAUAAACGCUGCAUAAUCCAAAAGGAUGGCGAAAUAACCGGGGUUAUUUAUAAGGAAAGCACGAACUAG